AUGGAAACUGCAACGAAGUUGCGUGUUCCGUUUCGGAAAGCAAAACAUUUCAGAAACUCUCAUUUUUCAGAGGGGCUGGUUGUUGCUGAUUCGGGAGAGAUUUCUCUGGGUCGAGACCUGGAUUCUCCGUCUAGGAAAAGACGUCGAGUUGGCGAUGGUUCUCCAUCGAGGGAGAGUUUUCCUGGAAACUCUUCUUCUGCUCCAGAUUUGGUGCAGUGGGUCGAAGGUCAGGAUCCUGCUAGUUUGCUGAAUCCUAGAGUGCUAGCGGAAUAUAUCCGAACUUUGGCGAUUCCUGAUGAUGUCACGUGGUUUUGUGGUAGGCCGGGUCAGGAGCUUUCCGAUCUGGCUUGUUUUCAUGGUUUCUCUGCUCUUCAAUCUGUUCUGGUAUUGAACGACCGCCGACAGUGUGCCGAGGAGGAGGUUGAGCGUCUGUCUUCUCUUUUGGCGACUUCCGAGUCUGAAAGGGCAAAAUUGAAGGCCUCUUUGGAAGAGCAUGAUUCCCUUCUGGCGCAGCUUAAGGCGCAGGAUGCGAUUAACGAUCGCCAAGUUAAAGUGAUCGAGAAGAAAACCGAGGACUUGACUCAAGAGAUCGAGGAGCUUAUUCGAAUCAAUUCCCUUGUUGGUGGGGAGAGGGAUAAGCUAAGGUCGGAGGUUGAAGGUCUUCACAUUCGUUUACUGGAUACGAAAGCUUUUUAUUCUGCUUUGAUAAGCGAGUAUCGUCUUGCGAUUGGGAGGAAACUUCUGGAGCAGAACCCUGAUAUUGAUCUUUCUGGAGUUAAUGGGUUGGAUCCCCAGGCCAUCGCCCGUGACCUUCUUGUCAAGAUAUCUAAGGACCGUGUCCAGUAGUUUUUCUUUUGAUUGUACUUGUACGAAUUUUGUAAUUCGCAAUUCAUGAAUAUAUUUUCUGUGUUUCUUCGAA